AUGGCAAUCACCUGGAUAACGCAUACGCCAUAUGCGAAUGCCAAGACAAAAUCGUACGUGAGCUAUAGUGCGAUCGCGAACAACUUUAACCUAAAAAAUGACAAAUCGACGGUGACAACGUGGAACGACCAUGGCGGAAGAAACUCAACCCGACACACACAUCGGGUGACGCUCACCGGCCUCGAGCCCGGAGUUCGUUAUUAUUACAAAGUUGGAUCUGAUGAGGGCAUGUCGAAACCGUUCAACUUUACGAUGAUCGACCCGAAAAAGCCGAUCCGUGCGGCCAUCUUUGGCGACCUGGCCCAGGGCCAAAAAGGCUUGAGCUUGGAGCCGUUGAGGUAUUAUUCCUUUACGGGACGAUACAAUAUCAUGUUCCAUAUUGGCGAUAUUGCUUACGACAUGGAUCAAGCGGAUGGAUGGAUCGGCGACUAUUUCUUCAAGGAAUUUGAAGACGUUGCCUCGCAUAUUCCCUACAUGACGUUGGCCGGGAAUCAUGAGCAAAGCCAGAACUUCAAUCAUUACAUCAAUCGAUUUACGAUGCCAAGCAAUGGGAAGGUGAAUGACAAUCAGUUUUGGAGUUUUGACCUCGGCCCGGUCCAUUUUGUCGGGCUCAGCUCGGAAUAUCACAAUUAUAACAUGUACGAUCAAGCCCAGAAGAUGGUCGAUUGGUUGAAGGCCGAUUUGGCCAAGACAAAACAACCCUGGAUCAUCGCCAUGAUCCAUCGCCCAAUGUAUUGUUCUGCUCGUUGCGAUGCCUUCGAAAAUAAUGUGCUGAAAAAGGGAGCCAACAAGCUGCCUGCCAUCGAGCCGAUCUUGGGCGAAUAUGGUGUUGAUAUGCUCUUCGCCGGGCAUAAACAUUACUACGAGAGGCUUUUCCCAAUCUACAACGACAGGGCCACAAUUUACAAAGAUGCCGCCCACAUUAAAGAUGCUAAGGCGACGAUUCACUUUGUGAGCGGAAGCGCUGGCUGUCACACCCACAUCGACGACGUCGACUACAAGCCGCUCCCCUACAGCGCCCACCAUAGCGAGCUCUAUGGCUUUAGUUACUCUACCGUCACCGCAUGGGUAGAUCAGGGCAAGCAGAAGUCCAUCCGCUACACACAUCGCGUGAUUUUGAAGGAUUUGGAGCCAGACUAUCGCGUUGGCUCUUCUGAAGGGCAGUCCCAGCUCUUCAAUUUUACAAUGUUAGAUGGCAAAAAUGGGUUCCGAGCAGCCGUAUUUGGGGAUUUGGCACAAGGGGCGGAUGGGAGGAGCGACAUCUCCUACGAUUUGGACUCGAAUGAUGGAAAGGCAUCAAACCCAUGGCUCAUCUCCAUGCUCCAUCGGCCGAUGUACUGCUCGGCAAAGUGCGACAAGACGGAGAACAUCGUGCUCCGAAAAGGUGACGCCAAUCUCCCGGCUUUAGAACCCUUCCUCGGGAAAUUCGGCGUUGACUUGGUGUUCAGCGGCCAUAGGCACUACUAUGAACGCUUAUUCCCAAUCUACGACGAAAAUCCGACUGUCUACAAAAAUGGGAGCUAUAUUGAGAACGCGAAGGCGACCGUGCACUUUGUUACUGGAAGCGCGGGCUGCCACAGCCACACCAAGGAGGCCGACUUCAAACCGGCCGUUUUCAGCGCCGCUUCCAGUGACUCGUACGGAUUUAAUCUAGUCGAGGUCUUCAACGCGACCCACAUCCACUCCCAGUUCAUCCACGAGAAAUCCGGCAAGGCGCAUGAUGACUUUUGGCUGGUCAAAGCCGAGGGCUACCGGCCGUAUAAU